CCAGGUGCUUUUCUUUUGGGGUUGGAUCAUGCUUUCUCUACCAUUGAAAACCAAGGCAAUGGCUGUAGCUUUGCUUCUGCUACAUUUUUUUACAGCAGCAGUAUCUUCUCCUUCUCAGGUUGAUAGAAUUGACAGGUUGCCGGGUCAACCCCAAGUCGGGUUCGGGCAGUAUUCAGGUUAUGUGACCGUUGAUGCUAAAAAACAGAGAGCUUUGUUUUACUACUUUGCUGAAGCUGAGGUGGAUCCAGCUUCAAAGCCUCUUGUUCUCUGGCUAAAUGGAGGUCCUGGUUGUUCUUCAUUAGGAGUUGGGGCAUUUUCUGAAAAUGGGCCAUUUAGGCCAAGUGGGGAGGUACUUGUCAGGAACCAAUAUAGCUGGAAUAGAGAAGCAAAUAUGUUGUACUUGGAGUCACCAGUUGGAGUUGGGUUUUCUUAUGCAACUGAUUUCUCCUCUGAUGAGGCUGUAAAUGACAAGAUCACAGCCAGGGACAAUCUGGUGUUCUUGCAAAGAUGGUUUGAGAGAUUCCCACUAUAUAGGAACAGAAGUUUGUUCAUUACGGGGGAGAGCUAUGCUGGUCAUUAUGUUCCCCAACUAGCAGAACUCAUGCUUCAAAUGAAGAAGGAGUUGUUCAACUUGAAAGGCAUUGCUUUGGGUAAUCCUGUCUUAGAGUUUUCCACGGACUUCAAUUCAAGGGCUGAGUUCUUCUGGGCGCAUGGAUUGAUAUCGGAUUCUACAUACAAAUUGUUCACUUCUGUUUGUAACUAUUCACGAUAUGUGAGUGAAUAUUACAGAGAUAGUGUUUCUCUGAUUUGUUUAAAGGUGAUGAGCCAAGUGAAUAGAGAAACCAGUAGAUUUGUGGACAAGUAUGAUGUUACCCUUGAUGUCUGUAUAUCGUCUGUGUUCUCACAAUCCAAAGUCCUGAGUCCUAAGCAAGUUGGUGAGACAAUAGAUGUCUGCGUGGAAGAUGAAAUAGUAAAUUAUCUAAACAGGAGAGAUGUGCAGAUGGCUCUUCAUGCACGUCUUGUAGGAGUACGUCGAUGGGCUGUUUGUAGCAAUAUCCUCAACUAUGAGCUACUUGACUUGGAGAUUCCAACAAUCUCAAUCGUUGGAAAACUCAUCAAGGCAGGAAUCCCAGUCUUGGUUUACAGUGGAGACCAAGAUUCUGUCAUCCCUUUGACUGGAACAAGAACAUUAGUUCGUAGACUAGCAGAGGAAUUAGGACUGAAAACUACUGUGCCGUACAGAGUCUGGUUUGAAGGGCAACAGGUUGGUGGCUGGACUCAAGUUUAUGGUAACAUUCUUUCAUUUGCCACCAUUAGAGGGGCAUCCCAUGAAGCUCCAUUCUCGCAGCCGGAGCGAUCACUUAUGCUGUUCAAGUCCUUCUUAGUAGGCCGGCCACUUCCAGAAGCAUUCUGAUCUUACUGAUCGGAUAUUGUACCAGAUACUCGAUCAAGUUUGUAUGUAAAGUUUGAUUGCAAAAAGAUUAAUCAAACUGCAUUUGUUUGUUUGUUGGCUCCUUGGAUUUGUCCAUUCUGUGAAUGUAAAAGAAUUUUGUAAAGAUCUCAAGUGAAAGGGAAAAUAAGUGUUUCUUUGGUUCUUUUUA